AUGGGGAAAGCGAGGCGACUCAAGCAGGGCCGCGGCGCCGGCGGCGGCGGCGGCCGGGGCCUCCAGCGGGGGCGGGAGCGCUUCGACGGGUUCGCGCCGGGGAGCUUCCAGAACGUGUCGUCGGGCAUGGCCUACUUCCCCUCCCAGGACCGGGUGGGCCACAUGAGUCAGGAGCAGAGGGAAGGGCUGGACCGCAUGCUCACCUCGGAUACCGUGAGCCGCUACAUCGCGCAGUCGGGCGUCGACCCCAAUAAAAUCUUCUUUGCUCCACCCACUAUAUUUGGUGGCGCGGAUGGGGACCGCAGUGAGCCGAAUGACUCUGUGAAGAUGGACGACAUGGGGCCACUGCAUGAGGCAGCAUGCACGGGGAAAAUUGAGACAUGCCAAUACUUGGUGGAGCAGCUUGGGUUUGACAUCAAUACUGAAGCUAAUGAUGAUUCAGGCAUGACACCUUUGGCUUGUGCGGUGUUGCGUGAUAAAUCAGUUACUGUGGAGUAUUUGCUUGACAAAGGUGCUAAUCCCAAUAAGCAAGACAACAAAAGAUUUACUCCUCUGCACUACGCUACAAAAGAAGGGAAUAACCGACUGGUACGACUCUUGCUGUCGAAAGGAGCUAGUGUUGAUGUAUUCUCUUCUGAAGGGACACCACUACAUGUUGCUGCCUCUUAUGGGAAGUCUGGCAUCAUACAGAUUUUAUUGCAGCACAAUGCAGAUCCGAACACGGUUUCGGCAGAUUUAGGCACACCGAUGACUGCAGUUCUUUGUGUUGCUUCUGGAAGAAUUACUGAGUCUGAUGCUUUAAAGUGCAUGAAGCUCCUUGUCAAGGCUGGUGGCGAUUUGAAUUGUGUAAAUCCUGACACUCCAUUGGUAAUAGCAACUAGCAAAGACUUAUCUGAGUGUGUUGAGUAUUUGCUGGAGGUUGGCGCAGAUGCCAAUAUUCCAAGCAAUCAAGGCCGUAUGAUACCAAUAGAAAUUGCUGCAAACUCUGGAAGAAGAAAGCUUGUUGAGACUCUGUUUCCUUUCACUUUACCCAUUCAAUCUGUGUCAAACUGGAGUGUUGAAGGAAUCAUUGCCCAUGCAAAGUUAAGGCAAUCAAACAAGGGUAAGCAAAGUGAUAAAGACAGCAACAUUCAGCUGAAAUUAAAUGCAGAAGUAACAACCAAGAAAGAAGACUCUGGUGCACCAAAGAAGCACUGUGCCAAGGACAAGGGAGGUGAUAAAGAUAAAAAGGCUGAACUGAAAUUACUCAGUGCAAAAGCAGUCGAGCGGAAGGACUACGCUGCUGCAUUAAAAUUCUACAGUGAGGCAAUCAAAGUGGAUCCUGAAGAUGCAACGCUGUAUUCCAACAGGAGCCUUUGCCAUCUAAAGAGCGGCGGGGCGCAUGAUGCUUUGGCUGAUGCCAUUGCAUGUGUAAAUCUGCAGCCUGAUUGGGCGAAGGGUUACUAUCGGAAGGGAGCUGCCCUCAUGUCGCUGAAGGAGUGUAAAGAAGCGUGUGACGCGUUCCUGGCUGGAGGGAAACUGAAUCCUGCAAGCGUGGAGAUUCACGACGCAUUCUGGGAGGCGGUCGAGGCAAUGAAGAAGCAACAUUCGGAUCGACAAAGCGCGGGCCCGGUCUGA